AUUUAUAUUCAAUGUGUGUGUGUAGUAAUUGUUUACAUGUUUACAAUAAACAUUUUGACAAGAAAAUAAGUAACUAUAAAAGAAUCAUAUAAAUAAAAUGAUUACAUAAUUAAUAAUAAAACGUCAUUGGAAUUUGUUAAUGACAUUGAUUAAUAAAUUAAUACAAAUGAUUAGCGGUCUUCGAUAUUAUAUCAAUCUUUCUAUGCUUCUUACUGAAUAUUGAUUAUGGGAAACAAAGAUUAAAUUUAAAGUAUAAACAGGUCUUUUAUAAUUGUAAUAGGAAUAUUAAGCUUAUGCAUCAAUAUUACAAUGAUGACAUAUUAUAGACAAAUGAUACUUAAUGCAUCACGGGUGGUUAGAAAAUAUAUAAAAAUAAAUAAACAUUUAAAAAGUAAUAUACCAAUAAUUUAUUAUAAUUUAUCUGUCAAUAAUUACAAGUAUUUAUACAAAUCAAAUAAUACAAAUUAUAAUAAUGAUAAUAAUAAGAAGAAUGGUAACAUAAAUCAUUAUCAUUUCUUUUUGAGUGGUCUUUUCUAUGGACUAUUUAAUUUUGACGAUGAUAACGAAGAAGAAAAAAUUCCUGAACUUAUUAUGACUAUUAAACGUUCGAUAUUAGCUAUGCAGAGAAACGAAUUUAACAAAGCUGAACGGAUAUUACAUAUCGCUUUGAGAGAAGCUCAGGUUCUACAAAAUUAUAAUGCUAUCACUUAUAUUUAUGAUUUGAUGGCUAAUGUCGCAUUUGAAACGGAACAAUUUAAAAAAGCCGAAACUUUAUUCCUCUUGGUUUUAGGAAGAUUAUUUGGCCAAGGGAUAGAUCAAAAAGAUUUGAAAGUCAUACAUAUUAGUUUAAAGUUAGCAAACAUAUAUGAACAUACUGGAGACAUAGAAAAAGCAGAGACUGGUUAUAAGUUUUGUUUAGAAAAUAUAGCAAUUCAUUUGGCUAAUGAUCCUGAAAAUGAAAAUAUAUUAAUAUUGUUAGCUAUGGCUUGCGAUUGGUAUGCACAAAUGCUUUUGUCUUUGGGAAAAUAUGCAGAAGCUCAUAAAUAUUUUGAACAAUCUUAUAACUUAUGCAUUAAAGUUAAUGGCAGAGUUCACGAGCAAACAGUGAAUUUACUUAAUUAUUUAGGAACCGUAAGUUGUAAAAUGCAAGAAUAUGAUAAGGCAAUUGAAUAUUUAACUACUGCUAUAGAAAUAGGAAGAGCUUUGCCAGAUUUGAUUCAUUUAGGUUCAAUUCAUGUUAAUUUAGGGGAUGUUUAUUUAAGAAAAGGUUUAUAUGCUGAAGCGAAAAAAGCUUGCACUAAUGGUCGAAUAAUAGCUAAAAAAAGAGAGGAUGAUGAAUCUUUAGUGGAAGCUGAUAAAUGUCUAGCUGAUAUCAAAAAAUUAAUGUGAUUUUACUGAGUAUUAUUUAAAAAAUAAAUAAAACAUUAAUGUGUAAUUAGUAAAAAGUUAUAAAUAAAAUUUGUGAUAGGCGUGUGAUGUAAAUAAUAAAAAAUAGAAAACAAUUGUUACGUUUAUCCAAGAACUUUAAUUCUGUUAAUGUUUGAUUAAAUGUUCUAUU